AUGCCUUUUUACGAUGAUCCAAACAUGAGCGAUUCAGCGCUUUUAAUAAGCGUCGAGGACCUCAUAAACAGAGCGCUCGGCUCUCCGGAUGAAAACACAGUAAAUUUCAAGCUGGUUCAAAUGAUACUUCAUAUCUUAGCGCGGCAGCAACGCAUGCUGGAACAAAGGGUAGAGAUCAGGAGCGCAGAUUUGAUACCAAAACGGUUAAAAAGCACUCCUGAAACAACUACGGAAAGUUCAUCUUCUAAGAGUCCUCGUUCACCGGUAAAACGUCGGAUGGCGGGAAUUAAAGAGGAGCACGGUACCAAACAAGAUAAAAAAGAAACAGAAGGACUUAAAGACUUAGAAAAGACUGAUAAGAAAGAGCAAAAAGAAGCUGACAAAGUGCAACAAAAAGAUAAAGAUACAAUAGAUAAAGCAUCUAAAAAGGAGAAAGAUAAAGCUGAGAAACAAAAGAAACACAAAGAAAAAGAGUUAGAAAAAGAGAAAGCAAAAGCUGAAAAAGACAAGGAGAAUGCUACAUCUACGGUUGUGGAGAAAGGUCCGACUGCUAAACCAGAGUCUCGGGGUCGUGCGAGUAUAAAUGUAGUAACUCAAUCACAAUUCGCCCUGCUGGAGGCUGCGGUGAAGGACUUAAAGGAUAUAGCAGUUCCAAAGCCGCUUCUGCUCCCUGACAAUGAGAAGUUAAAAAGCGAUCUUGCUAAAGGAAGUGCUACGCUGCCUGAAACCAUGCAAGCUAUGCAGGUCACUGCCCGUGUGAAAGCAGCCGAAAAUGCCAUUUAUCGUAUGACGGGACUUCUGACUCAGCUCGCUGCAGCCGGUGCGCUGCCAGAGGAUAUCGCUGAAAAGUUUGAGGAAGUUAAAAUUGAACCAUCCAUACAAUUCGAGGAAACAGAAGGCGAAAAACCAGAGACAGCUAAAUCUCAUCAAUCGGUAGCUACGAGGAAAUCCGUAGCGAUCGAUCCAAAAUCUCAAGGAUCAAGAGCCGAUGGAAAACCCUCAAAAGCUCAUUCCGCUCCGACAACCCCUCGUCCGUCUACAGCAACUAGCAAACAGUCUAUAACUACAAGACCUUCUAUACUAUCUGUGGGUCCGCCAAUCACUCACGAAGAGUUGAAUUCCGCUUUGAGAGAACUAAGAGAGGAGUUGUCGAAAAACUUAAACAAUAUGACGAUGCGCGCGACGAAUACCGCUGAAAAUGCCCUCCAUACUGCUAUGUCUGUAGCGGAUAAAGUAGAUGUAGCGCUGAAGUUGAACAAUCGCAUCACGCUGUUGUACUCGUUGGUGGGAGAUUACUCAGAGCAGUUGAGCGGUUUUGAUUCAGGACUAACCACACAGAUGCGAAGUUUCCAAGACCAAAUUGUCCAGAUACGAACGGACCUUAGUAGUGGUCUCGCUCAGCUGGAAAAUGUUAACAAUAACGCUGAAACUGCGGCUCUUGUGGAGUUGACGGAACGCUACCAAGACUUAGUGACGGAACUGGAGACCACACUGCACGCUCACAAGAACCUCGCAACUCUACACACACAACUAGGAGGAGAGAUGCAUAGCUUGGUGGAAUGCGUGGAGAUGUUGCGCGAGCAAAAAUCAGAUCGAGAUGAGGUGCUAGACGGGCUCAGGGAUAAGGCAGACAUUACGCGGCUCGCAGGUUUGUUGUCGGAAGAAGACUUCGCAAAGGCUCGUGCGGAUUUCGAGCGACGCAUUGAACUCUGUUAUGACAAGUUCCACAAGCAAGAAUUAACCUGGAUGGCAGCCAUCAAAGAUCUAACCCGCAUAACGGACGGUAAAGGGGAGAUUGUGGAUCUGCUAUCUGCACGCGAUGAGGCCCAAAAAGAACUACAACUUCUAGACAAGAAAAUACGGUUCCUGGCUACCAUUUUAGGAGAACCUAAGGCGGCGCUGCUGACGCGGCAGCUGGCCCGCGACGCGCAGUGCGGCGCGUGCGGCGCGGCGGCGAGCAUGCCGGCGCGCGACGCCGUGUCGGGCGCGCCGCCGCGCCUCGCGCCGCUCUCCGCGCCGCCCGCCGCGCCGCCCGCCGCGCCGCCCGCCGCGCCCUGCCUCGCCGGCUUGGAGGAGCCCGAGCCGCCGCGAGACAGGCAUAUGUGUCACCGCUGGUGUGGAGGCUCUCACACGCUUAUAACAGAAGCUACUACGAAGGAGCGCGCACCUCCUGUGUCGCUGGAGACUGUUCCCACUAAGAAAUACACGGGAUACGGGAGCGAUGGGAGGCUAUAUAUGCUGGAAGAAGAGCUGCGGCCGUGUAUCGAGUGCAACAACUUCAGCCGCGACUCGCGCGGCGCGGGGGACUCCGCGGCGCCGCCCGACACGGCGUAG